AUGGCUCCAGGCCGUCUUGCUGACUACAUCGAGCGCAUCAAGGUGGCUGACAAGACUUCAUCGCAGAUUACCGCUCGACCCUUCAACAAUGGCACAGCAACACAACCUCCCCUUAUCAGAGGCCGAGUUAAUCGAAUACUACUCUUCCCUGGAUCCUUCAACCCCCCUCACCAAGGUCAUCUUAAUCUCCUCAAGCAUGUUUUCUAUAAUGCGGGAGCAGACCUCAACAUCAUCGCAGCUAUCAUCGUUACCACUGAUGAUGAGAGACUAAAGAUGAAGAUGGAUAGGAGAGAGACUGGUAUUGUUCUUUCUCGUGAGAAGCGACAGAACCUCUGGCGUGGAGACGGCAUUCCUGUUGACUGGGCUUGGGUCUAUGAUAACUCUGAAGCCAGCUGGCCAGGAUUCCGUGCCAAGCUUGUCAGUGCGUUGAAGAGGGACGGAGUAGAUCUUAAAUUUGUUCUUAUCUUUGGUCCAGAUGCCAUCACUGCGGGUGGUGGAUAUAACCCUGAGUGCUGGAACUGCGGCGAUGCUAUUACCAGUGACAUUUCUCGCUCUGUUGACUUUCGCUACCCCAACAGUCUCCGACAACUGGCAGGUUGCGAGCCCUGGAUAAACCUGGAGGAUGGUCGAGCUCGGUUUGAUAACAAGAUCUCAAUUUGUCGCCAGAACCGAACCCGGCCCAGGGGGACUAUCCGAUUCAUACCAUGUGAUCUGGACCAACGACCUCAAGAUGCGCCUAGCUCGACUAAGAUUCGAGAGAUCAUUGAGAGCUCGCCUGAGGAAGAAUGGGAGGAGAAGCUGAAGGGUAUCGCACUCCACCCGAAGCUUUUGGUUGAGUAUCUGAAGGAGCUUCCUCCGCCUACAAAGCCUGCCACCGAGUCGAAGGAAGAUCUUGCGAAGAAGGAGUGGGAAAGGAUUGUUUGGUAA